CAUAAGUGAUGAUCUCUCAACCGUUGAGUUGUCUGAACGCACCCACAGGUACGAGUUGAAUCGUUCCCGUUGAAGCGUUCAAUGAAACGGUUCAGUUUGGCAAAUCGGCCAAUCGUAUUGCUAGAUUCAACCGGUCGAAAACGCUGACAGCUGUGUGUGACAACUGUGACAGACAGGUGUGUGUUUCGCGGAGAUCACACACAUCGUUGUUAAUAAAUAAGUUUUUUACUUUACCACGCGGAAGAAAUGGAUGAAGUGGAAAGUUUGCGACGAAGAGUGGCGGAGCUCGAAAAGCAGCUACGGGAAAAUAAAUCUAAAGAAGAUGCGACGGCAACGAGAGAAAGGAUCGAACAUAUGUCAGCGGAGGUCGUGGAUUCGAAUCCGUACAGCCGAUUAAUGGCGUUGAAACGCAUGGGUAUAGUUAAAAACUAUGAAGAUAUACGACAAUUAUCGAUAGCUAUAGUUGGAGUUGGCGGUGUUGGCAGCGUGACGGCGGAAAUGUUGACCAGAUGUGGUAUCGGAAAGUUGAUACUGUUCGAUUACGACAGCGUAGAACUAGCGAAUAUGAACAGAUUGUUUUUUCAACCGCAUCAAGCAGGUCAGAGCAAAGUGGAGGCGGCAGCGAGCACUCUGCGCUACAUAAAUCCGGAUGUGGAAAUCGAAAUACGAAAUUACAACAUCACAACCGUCGAUCAUUUUCAAGAUUUUAUGGACACAAUAAGCACAUCCAGUUUGAAUAAUGGUCCGGUGGAUUUGGUGUUGAGCUGCGUCGACAACUUUGAAGCUCGCAUGGCGAUCAAUACCGCGUGCAACGAACUCAAUCAGAAGUGGUUCGAAAGCGGCGUAUCCGAGAAUGCGGUGUCCGGUCACAUUCAGUUUAUCGUGCCCGGUGAAACGGCUUGUUUCGCGUGCGCGCCACCUCUGAUUGUAGCGUCCAGUGUUGACGAGAAAACGUUGAAACGCGAGGGGGUUUGCGCCGCGUCGUUACCCACUACUAUGAGCAUAGUAGCGGGUUUCUUGGUGCAGAACGCUUUGAAGUUCUUGCUGAACUUCGGACAAGUGUCUCAUUACCUGGGUUACAACGCCAUGGAAGAUUUCUUCCCUAAAAUGACCUUGAGACCGAAUCCGAAUUGCGACGACGCGUAUUGUAGGCAAAGACAAGAGGAAUAUUCGGCGAGGCCGAAGAUUCAGGAAAAAUCUGAGGCCACCGAAGAGGAGAAAACCAUAGUGCACGAGGAUAAUGAAUGGGGAAUUUCCUUGAUCGACGAACAAACCGGACAGUCGGAUGAAAAACCGUGUUUGUCGAAUAUCGGCGUACGACACGCAUACACCGUACCCAGUAAGUCCGCAAACGCAACCAGCUCAGAGACGGAACAAAUUGUUCCCGAAUCUGAAGGACCAAGUUUGGAAGAAUUAAUGGCAGAAAUGAAAUCUAUUUGAAAAUAUAAAUUUAAUAU